GAUGUCGAUGACAGAUUGCUCGUGGUUACAAAAUCAACUAAAUAUCUGCAGAAAGUGGAGUGGAUGUUGCUUUCUUAGAACUACAUCAAGAUUAAGCGGAUCCAACAAGGGUGCAGUACUACCGGACCGAAAGCUGAUCCGGAGUUUGCCGGAACCAAACAGACGAUAAAGAAGGGAACAAAACACUUCCGUAAUGUUUCUUCGCCAACUAGCCGGGUUGUUGAAACCCUCAACCCUAAACACACUGAUAGAACCCCUUAAAAUUGUACCACUUACCUCAAGGUGGAGUGCCCCGUCCGCCGCAUUUGCAAACCAACGAUGGAGUAGCUCCAGCGCUGUAGCUCCGCUCGCCGACACCAAAAGCACACUUGAGACCGUAAACAAGCAGCUAGAGACGGGCUCGGAAGGGCGUCUGUUUGCGGUGGUGCAGCUGUGCGGCAAGCAGUUCAAAAUCACUUCCGGUGAUAUUAUCGUCGUUGAAGGCUACUGGCCACCGGAGGGUGGCGAUCGUUUACGGCUGGAUAAGGUGCUGCUAGCGGGUAGCAAGGACUUUUCGCUGAUCGGCCGUCCCCUGCUGACACCCGGUCUGGUCGACGUGCAGGCUACCAUCAUUGAGAAGACGCUCUCCCACACACGCACACACUUCCGCAAGAAGCGCCGAAAGCAGUACACGCGUAUCAAUUUCUACCGCACGCCGCAAACGAUGAUUCGCAUCAACUCGAUCGACAUUAAGCGUAAGCUGAGCGAUUCGGCGAGUGCGGAAGCCGCUGGGGAGGAACGGUUUUUCUAGCUUGAAUGCUUUGCAAAGGGGCUUAUAUGCAGUUAAUAAAUAGAUCACCAAACUAUUACAAAAGAG